UCCCCAGGGUCCAAACUCUUCCAGCUUCAACAACACAUCACUGAAUAUACCAUUAUCUCUUUGAAACGCGUCAACCAAAUCCAAUUAUGCCAUUGCGAACUAAUCUUCCAGGGCAUCUCGGCUCGCGAUCAACCAACACAGCCCGUAUCGCGUCCGCCUCUGGUUCUGCCGCAGACAGACGUCACGGGCUAGCCGAGCUCGCUCGGAAUGAGGACAUCCAGUACAUCGUUGGCGAUUGGAUGUCGGAGUACAACAUGGCGCUCAGAGGCGGCGGGAAAGCCGACGAUCCGAACAACUCGUCCGAGUUUGAGCCCUCGUUCCUCGAGGCAGUCGAACCUGCGCUGGCUUAUCUUGAUGCCAGGCGCAUCAAACUCGCAGUCAACGCAGGCGCGAGUGACACGAAGAAGUUGCACGACCUUCUUGUUGAAAUGGUCAAAGAGAAAGACCUCAAGCUCAAGAUCGCCUGGAUCGAAGGAGAUGAGGUGAUUGAUGUUGUUCGAAAGGGGCUGGGCAGCGGAGAGGGCUUCACGAACUUGACAACAGGUGAGAACAUCAAGGAUUGGCCAUUCGAGCCGAUCUAUGCCCAGGCCUACCUGGGCUGCUGGGGGAUUGUCGAAGCCUUCAAGCAAGGAGCUCACAUUGUCGUGUGUGGCCGAGUGGCCGACGCGUCCCCUACAAUUGCUUGUGCGGCCUAUCACUAUAACUGGCGGCGGAAUGACUAUUCGCAACUUGCCCACGCGCUCGUCGCGGGACACUUGAUUGAGUGCACCACAUACGUCACUGGCGGCAACUUCUCAGGGUUCAAGAGCCUCGCCGGCACAUCUGUUGACAUUGGCUUCCCCAUAGCCGAAUUCGAGGCAAAUGGGGAGUUUUGUGUCUACAGGCAAGCUCGAAAGGGCGGCAUGGUGACUGUCGAGACGUGUAAAGCCCAGCUACUGUACGAGAUCCAAGGGCCCUACUACUACAACUCUGACGUUGUGGCCGUCCUUGACAACAUUAAGAUGUCACACGUGGGCGAGAACAGAGUACGGGUCUUUAAUGUCGGUAAUAUCAAACCGCCACCGACGACCAAAGUAGGUAUCACUGCCAAGGGCGGAUACCAAGCGGAAGCGCAUUAUUUCCUCUGCGGUCUCGACACAGCAGAAAAGGCGACUCUCUUCGAGCGGCAGCUUCGGCACGUACUAGACGAGGCGUCGUUUUCUUGCCUCAAAUUCCGGACAAACGGCUCAUGUCCAGAAAAUCCUUCCAACCAGGACGCGGCAACGGUCGACCUGCGCAUCUUCGCCCAGGCGCGCGACCAAGAGGCUCUGUCGCCGUUGAGAUUCCUGAAACCCAUCGUGGACAACAUCAUGCAGAGCUACCCCGGCGCGACGUUCCACCUGGACACGCGGCAGGCCUUCGCCAAGGAGUACUACGAGUACUGGGUCAGCAUCAUCCCGCAGAGCGCGGCGAGGCACGUUUGUCAUCUCCCAUGGAAGGCUGGGCGGGUCGAGAUCGAGCCGCCGGCGGAUACGGUCGAGUUCGUGUACGAACAGCCGUCGUACGAGACCGAGAGCCCCGUCAACCUCUCGUCCCUGGGACCAGCAACGACGGCGCCGCUUGGGUAUGUCGUACACGCGAGGUCUGGUGACAAAGGCUCAGAUAGCAACGUCGGGUUCUUCGUGCGGAACGCGGACGAGUGGGACUGGCUGAGAUCGUUGUUGACCGUCAGCAAGAUCCGAGAGCUGCUGGGGGAGGAUGAUAAGGGGAAGCCGAUCUUCCGGUUCGAGCUUCCACACCUUUUCGCUGUGCAUUUUCUUCUCAAGGAUCACCUGGAUCGCGGCGUCACCGCCAGCUCGUCGUACGACUUCCUUAGCAAGAACCUAGCGGAAUAUCUGCGAUGCAAACACGUCUCCGUUCCGGAUCGGUACUUGGCUCGUGGCAGGAUCUGAAGGCAGCAUUACGCUUUGCUCUUAAUCGGAGGCCUUGUAAGACUUAUGUCGAUGUACAAUAUGGAACGGGGCGUCAGUGAACCUAGAGUGUGUAAGGGAUCGCCGGUGGUUAAAAUGUGGAAUGACGGACAACGGCUGGUGUAGCCGAUCUCUCUCUCUCUUCUGGCCUGUUCCGAGGAAAGUUCUAAACCCCGCAAGACACUUGACGAGAUGGCGUAUUCUUAACAUUGCGUGGCUUCUGCGCCACAGCCAGUCAGUCCCUUGAGUCUUUUUAAUCUUCUAUUAUCAGACAAGGCUGGAAUGGAGAAUGGGGGGAUCUCCUUCUCUUCGAGGCAUAGCCCAACACGUAAAACAUCGGGCCUGGACAAGCUAGAUAGCCAUCCUGUUGAGGAGGAUGACGACGCAGCGUAUCCCUGUAUAUGUUACCAAAAUCCACACUCAAAUAGUGAGACGAACAGAGUCACUGUUCACCA